ACUCCAAAGGCCAAGGAGAGAAAGAGAUGUACACCCUGGGGAUCACUAACUUUCCAAUCCCAGGGGAGCCUGGCUUUCCACUCAAUGCCAUUUAUGCCAAACCUGCCAACAAGCAGGAGGAAGAGGUGAUGAGGGCCUACCUGCAGCAGCUGAGGCAAGAAACUGGCCUUCGCCUCUGUGAAAAGGUGUUUGAUCCUCAGAGUGACAAACCAAGCAAGUGGUGGAUCUGCUUUGUGAAGAGACAGUUCAUGAACAAGAGCCUCUCAGGCCCUGGACAGUGAAGAGGCAAAGUGACAACAACUUUAAGCAUUUCCACAGCAAGAUGUUCAAGUCUUUUGCCUUUGUUUUGGAUACAUUUUGUACCAAGGAAGAAUCAAGUGCUUGUGAAGUGAAAAAAAGAACAAAACCAAACCUGGCAAUAAGGGAUGGAGGGAGGGAGAGCAAAGACAUGAGUUGUGUAAGCAAAUAUUAUUAAGCUAGAGCUUAAGAAGUGAUUUCUAACUUGCUGUUUCGGGGUAAAGUGCUUUGUUAUCAUGGCUGCAGCAUUUGAAACUUCAAUUGAAGAGAAGGAAUGGGCUUGGCUGUGAGGCAGGGGAGCUGUGUCAUUGCUCUGCUGGCUAGAGUUGGGGUGUUGUAUGUCCAGGGGAAACAGAGCUCUCACCUGUAUUGUCCAGUGCAGUGAUUUUUACCUUGUUUUCAAUAAACAUAGCUUGUAAUUAAUGUGGUAA